AUGCGGCUUCUACAGAUACAGGCCAACGGCAGCUUCAGCCUUGUCAAUUACGAUAGCACCUCCAUCCCGCCGUACGCGAUACUGUCGCACACUUGGAGCGAAAACAACGAAGAUGAAGUGAGUUUUUCCGACAUGCGCAACGAGACAGGGAAAGACAAACGCGGUUAUGCCAAGUUGAAGUUCUGUGCUGAGCAGGCUACCAAAGACGGCCUCGAGCACUUCUGGGUCGAUACUUGCUGCAUCGACAAGUCAAGCAGCGCAGAGCUCUCGGAGGCUAUCACGUCCAUGUUUCGUUGGUACAAGAACUCGGCCCAAUGCUACGUGUAUCUUGCAGAUGUCACGACAAGGGAAGAAAAAGUCGAUCAUGAAACGCUUGAUCACGAAGCGCCCGAUGUCACUUGGGUUUCGGAUUUCCAGACCAGCAGAUGGUUCACUCGAGGCUGGACACUCCAGGAACUGCUUGCCCCCCGCGUUGUCCUCUUUUUCUCUCGCGAUGGAAGGCUGCUUGGUGACAAGUCCAGUCUAGAGCAACAUAUCCACGAUGUCACGUCUAUCUCCAUCUCUGCCCUCCGAGGAGCCUCCCUUGAUAGCUUCUCUGUGGAAGAGCGUAUGUCAUGGGCUAGGAGCCGUAUCACGAAGCGUGAAGAAGACAGUGCAUACUCAAUGCUAGGGAUAUUUGGUGUCAGCAUGGUGCCAAUAUACGGCGAAGAGAAGGCUGCUGCACUUAGGAGGCUUCGGAGAGAGAUAAAGGAGGCUGCCCAGGAUGAAUACGGGUUCUUGGACAACGUAGAGAGGUCAGCAGCCGUGCAGUCAUACCAGAGGCAAGACCUCAUGAAGUCGCUGCAAUUUGAUCAAAUUGGCGCACGCGAUGCGACGAUCAAAAACGCCCAUGCCAAGACAUGCAAGUGGUUGUUGCAAAAAUCAGAACACAUUGAAUGGCUUGACUCAGCGAGACUGCCCAUUCAUCACGGCUUUCUAUGGAUCAAAGGAAAGCCAGGAACCGGGAAAUCGACAUUGAUGAAGUUCGCUUUGGGUCAGGCCCGCGAAUCAACGAACAAAAAUGUUGUGAUCGCUUUCUUCUUCAAUGCAAGAGGCGCAAUCCUUGAAAAGACUAUCAUGGGGAUGUACAGGUCACUUCUACUGCAGCUUCUCGAGAAGGUUCCCAAGCUACAGUGCACUCUUGACUCGUUAAGUCUGUUAUCGUUGACUGACAUCAAAGAUUAUCAAUGGACCAGAUACUCGCUCGAGGACCAGCUUCAGCAAGCUGUAUUGAGCCUCGAAGAAACACCCAUGAUUUGCUUCAUCGAUGCCCUUGAUGAGUGCGAACAAUGGCAGGUCCGGAGCAUGCUGUCGUUCUUCGAGCACCUUGGCGAGCUCGCAGUAUCAUCCGGUAGGUCUUUCCGAGUCUGCCUGUCGAGCAGGCACUACCCUGAAAUCACGAUUCGCAGGGGCAUCAGCUUAGUGCUUGAGGGACAAGAAGGCCACAACCAAGACAUCAACAAUUAUCUUGAGAGUGCAUUAAGGAUAGGUGACAGCGCAUCGGCACAAAAGAUUCGAAACGAUCUGCAAGAGAAGAGUUCAGGUGUGUUCAUGUGGAUUGUGCUCGUGGUAGAUAUUUUGAAUCAAGAGUAUGAUGGUGGCCGGAUGUACGCUCUGGAACGAAGGUUGAAAACUAUUCCUGCCGAUCUACACGAACUGUUCCGUGACCUACUCACACGCGAUUCAAACGACAAAGAAGAGCUAAUACUGUGCUUACAGUGGGUGCUUUUUGCUAAGACAUCGCUGCGACCUGAGGAACUGUAUCUUGCAAUCCUUGCUGGUACUGAGCCUGAUGCAAUCGCCAGCCUGGAUCAUCAGGAUGUCACACCAGAUACAAUCAGACGGUUCCUACUCAGAUCGUCUAAGGGUCUUACUGAGAUUAUCAAAUCCGGGGAUAAAACAGUACAGUUCAUACAUGAGUCAGUGCGAGACUUCUUACUGAAGGACAAUGGCCUCAGCAAGAUCUGGCCUGAGCUAGAAAGCAACUUCCAGGGCCAGAGCCACGAACGACUAAAGCGAUGCUGUCACAACUACAUCAGUAUGGACUCGGUCGUAUUUUGGAAGCCUCCAAGGAACCAACGGAAAGCCUCAGAUAACUUAGCGAGCCAAGGCAGACCAGUAGGAUAUUCCUUCGUAGAGUUUGCUGUCGACAGCGUACUCUACCAUGCGGAAGAAGCAGGAGGCAGAGGCAUCUCCCAGGUGGACUUUCUCGACAGCUUUCCGCUUCGUCGAUGGGUCAAGCUCGACAAUCUGUUCAACGGUCCAAGACACAAGAAAGACGUCAGUCUGCUCUAUAUACUAGCUGAGCAUAAUAUGGCGAAUCUCAUUAGAGCUCUCGGCACAGCAGCCAGCUGUUGUGUGGAUCUUGAGGAUGAGUCCCACGGUUGUCCCCUUUUCGCCGCAACUGUUACGUGCAGCGAACAGGCUCUCGAAGUGUGCUUAAAAUCCAUCGAGGUAGAGCCAGCUCAUAGAAGUCUUAUUGCAAAAGUCCUCGACAAACAAUGUGAAGUACGGCGCGAAACUGGGUUUAUGUACUCGAAGUCAAAAGGCUUUCUCAUGAAUGCGGCAGAUCUUUGGAAUGAUAGGGUUCUCGCACUUUCGGUUGCAUCAAGGAGGUCUGGGGUUUAUUCGCAAGACUCGGAGAAUAGCAAAGCGCUGUAUUGCGCUUUAUGGCUGGAGUGGGAGAUGUCUGCAAGGACGAUACUUGCUGUGGACCCUACGUUGGUCAACAGUAGAGAUCAGCAAGACAAUACUCCGCUGAUUGUAGCAGUAAAGCGAAGAAAUCUAGCUAUGAUGAAGCUACUGCUAGAAAAUGGUGCUGAAGUGAACGCAGACAGUAGACAUGGCACGGCACUCUAUGUGGCUUCUACCAACCACUUCGAAGAGGCUAAAGCGCUGCUACAAGAUAAGGGCGCCGUGCGUCAUGCUCCGAGUGGUGAACGCGGCACCGCAAUGCAUGCAGCUCCAGUCAAUGGACGCAGAGAGAUCGCGGCGCUGCAACAAGGGCAACCCGCACCAAAAAAGAGAAGAGAAAUCGUAGCGCUGCAUCAGAAGCAAACUGCACCCGAAGAGAGAAGAGAGAUCGUGGAGCCACAGCAUGAGCAAACUGCACCUGAAAAGAGAAGAUUGAAAGGACUUCUAAAAAGGAUUUGGCCGCGAUGUCCAUUAAGGGCUUUAUGGCAGGCCUUUUCCCAAUAUUGUUACCAUCACGAGGAAGACAUUCAUCUCAGACGUGACUUGUUGAGAGCAGACUACACCACGAUCGUUUUACCAAAAGGAUGUUUCCUGCUCCUUUGUAGAAGUGUGUGUACGAUCUACAUCUUUGCACUCUAUACCUUUUCUAUCGGAUUCGUCUUCUCUGCCGCGGUCGUCAACGAUGGCCUCGGUCUUACUACGGAUGGUAGCUGCAAAGCUUCGGUAAUGCUAUGUCUUAUGUUCUAUGCAGCCAGCAAAGUAUCAAUCACGAUCGCCAUAAUUGUGUGUCUGGGUGCCAUCUGUAUCGUCGGCAUCGUCUCGCCCAAAUACGUACUUUCAGAGGUGGAUGGACGCUGUCGUAUAGGUCUCCAGCGUUACGCAGCCAUCCCACUGUUGACGUGCGACAUUGUCAUCAACCUCUACCUUACAACUGUUUUCAUCUAUCUUCUGAGCCCUCUGGUCAAGGAUAAUACAAGCUCCGGUAAUGGUGUUGUAAACCGGGUGACACUGUGCAUCAGCAAGGCUUUGGGUCGAGUACAGCAGAAAGCCACCAUGGACCUUCAUCGAUCGAACAAAGCGCUCGUCGAGAGAGUCGAAACUCUACUCCAGAAGACCUUGAUUGGAUGUGUCUUGGUCAUCCUGCCCACUGGCGGUAACCUUGCGGCUAUAUGCAUUCUGGUUGGGAAGGAAUUAGCUUUUAUCUGCCUCACUUUAUGCACCUUUGAUGUCACAUGGGCUGCCAUAGUCUUUCACUGGCUUACCAUCGUCGGUACUGACGAGAACGAAGGUGCCACCCCAGCGUAG